GAAGCCGAGACUGCUGCGUCCAGGCUUGCAGGCGCGAUGAGGUUCCGGUUCUGUGGCGACCUUGACUGUCCCGACUGGGUCCUGGCGGAGAUCAGCACGCUGGCCAAGCUUUCCUCGGUGAAGCUGCGGCUGCUGUGUGGCCAGGUGCUGAAGGAGCUCCUGGGUCAGGAGAUUGACUAUGAGAAGAUCCUGAAACUCACUGCUGAUGCCAAGUUUGAGUCGGGCGACGUGAAGGCCACCGUGGCAGUGUUGAGCUUCAUCCUGUCCAGCGCAGCCAAGCACAGUGUGGACAGCGAGUCUCUGUCUAGUGAAUUGCAGCAGCUGGGGUUGCCCAAAGAGCAUGCAGCCACCCUGUGCCGUUGCUACGAGGAGAAGCAGAGCCCCCUGCAGGAGCAGCUGCGGGCCUGCAGCCUGCGUGUGAACAGGCUGGUGGGCGUGGGUUGGCGGGUGGACUACACCCUCAGCUCCAGCCUGCUGCGCUCCGUGGAGGAGCCUGUGGUACAGCUGCGGCUGGAGGUGGCACAGACGCCGGGGGCAACGGCCGAGCCUCUGGUCUUGACCCUGUCAGCAGACAAGUUCCAGGUGCUGCUAGCAGAGCUGAAGCAGGCCAACACCCUUAUGAGUUCCUUGGGCUGAGGACACAGCUAGGUCGAGGGCCUCUGUGCAUCACCAGUGGCCACAAGCCCAGGCUCGGACAGACAGGACCGCAAUGGAGCUGCAUGUCUGAGACGACCCCUGAGGAUGUUGGGGUCCUCCAGGACAGAUGGGGUCCUGCUCUCUCCAUCCUCUUCUGUAGGACGACAGCAGGACCUGUUUGGGCAUGCUCAGCAGUGAUGGGAGCCGUGCCAGGCUCCUUGGCAUGCCCCAAGGCUGCCAGAGCCCGGGCUUGAACUCCCAACCUCCAGUACUGUGAGCAAUAAAUGUCCCUUCGUUUCAGCCCCCCAGGCCGGUUUCCUGCUGCCCUGACUAUGUGUGUUUCUCAGUCUUUAGGGGGUUAAAAAACGGUCCGGCAUCCCAUGGAAGGGAAAGAGAAAUGCAAAAAUAGAAAGUUACAAGGAACUGAGUUCCGGGGCCAGCACCAUGUGCAACACCUCAACAGAGUACCAUUUUGAGCCCCGGCUGCUCCACUUCCAGUCCAGUUCACUGCUGGUGCACCUGGGAAGGCUGUGGAGGAUGGUCCGAGUGCUUGAGCCCCUGCACCCAUGGGGGAGCCCUGCAGGAGGCUCCUGGCUCCAGCCUGGCCCAGCCCUGGUGGUCAUGGCCAUUGGGCAGUGAAGCAGGGGAUGGAAGCAGUCCCCCUCGACCUCCCUGUCUUUUCAUUCUGUCUUUCAAAUAAAUCAUCUUUUUUGUAGAACACUAGCCUGCUGCCCCAGGCAGCCCCCUCCUGCUCUGUGUUACCCUGAAGUCCCAGCCCUGCUUCUGGUACUGCCCAUGAUGUCCCACGCCAUAUUGGUUCUUACCGAUUCACCUCCUUCACUAGCCUGAGUGGCGAUCGAGUUUCCAUGAUUGUAUAGCCACCACACCUAAUAAAGUAUUCUCUUUUUUGGAA